GGAACGCCAGAACUUUGACUUUGAAUGGUAUCCUAUGGAGACCUUUCAAGGUCGAGAACAAAAUUUUCAGCCAGAGCGUACUGGUUCGGUUCGGGUUUUCGAUUCAGCCUAUGACGCUUUUCGUUCCUAUUGGAGCGAGGAUGUCUUAGGUUUAAUAGUGGACGAAACGAACCUUGCCGCUUCGAAAGUUCCUUCUGCUGCAUUCCAGGCCGAAUGGUUCCCCACAAAUAUGCACGAAAUUUUAUGCCUCCUUUCGUUCUGGAUGAUGUUGGGGAUCGUCAAAAUGCCAACUAUUUUUAGUUGUUUUUCUGUCGAUCCUCUCCUGAAAACGGAAGUUUUCAGACGCAUCUUUACACGAAAAAGGUAUGAAAUGUUAAAUAGAGCAUUACAUUUUGAAGAUUCCGACCCCGUUAUUGUUAACCAAAAUCCCUCCAACACUGGCGCCAGAAGCUUUGACCGAUUACAGCGUUUGAGACCAAUAUUAACACAUUUAAAUUCCGCUUUUCAAUCAAAUUAUAUUUUAAGUAAAGACAUUUCUAUAAAUGAAAGCCCUACACUUUGGAAAGGAAUAUCUAAUUCCAAACAGUAUAUUCGGACCAAAGCUACUAAGUUUGGGAUCAAAACAUUCGAGCUUUGUGAGAGCACCACCGGUUACCUGUGGUCGUUCAUUGUUCACACCUUUAAUCAAUCCGCAACAGAUCUGGAGUCGCCCGGAGCGCUUGAAAGCACAGCUGUUGUGAAAAAGCUCAUUGAUCCUCUACUAAACAAAGGGUAUAGAUUGUUUAUGGACAAUUGGUACAAUUCCCCCCUAUUAGCUAGAUUUCUGAAGCUCAAUGGUACCGACUUCGUUGGUACUUUGGGUUCUUCCCGUCGCGAUGUUCCCAGUUUGAUAAAUAAGGCUCCUCUUAAAAGGGGAGAGUACAUCGCCAGACAUUCUGGCGAUGUCACUGUUUUGUCAUGGCAAGACAAGAAAAGAAUAACCAUGAUUUCCACUUGUCAUGGUUCAUCUACAGCCUUGUCUACAGUCUCUUCUAGACCAUCAUCUCGGAAAGUACCCCUUGUACCACAAGUGAUGCUGGAUUAUAAUAAAUUCAUGCGGGGUAUAGACGUGAAAGAUCAGAUGUUAGAGCCUUAUUUAUUAGAAAGGAAACGUUGCAAAAAGUGGUGCAUGAAACUUUUUAAACGCUUUCUCAGUGUAUCCAUUCUCAACUCUCGCAUUCUUCUACAGUCAUCUACUCAAAAAAACAUUGAUGAUUUAGCUUUCCGCCUUGAGCUUGUAGAUCACAUCCUCAUGAAUCAUCUAUCACAUUGUCCGCAAAGCCGUAGAUUUACAGUGUCUAGCAGUAGAUCUACGCACCAUCAACCUAGUAGAUUUAUCCUUUCUACACAUUGGCCUGUUUUAUUGGAACCAACAGAGAGGAGUUUAGCAUGCAACCGGAAAUCCUGGAAGCGUUGCUUUGUUUGUCUGAAAAAUGGCAAUAAAAAUCAAAAAACCUCAUACUGUUGCGAAUCCUGUCGCGUGCCAUUGUGUAUAAAGGAUUGUUUUAAGGCUUAUCAUACAUCACCAUAAUACAUUUCUUACCAAUUAUUCAUAAACAUAUUGUGAUUGGUAUUGUAUUAAA